AUGCCGUGCUUCAAAGGGCUCGCCGUGAGCAUUCAUACCCCGGAUGGCCCCAUCUCCGAGUACUCGAUCCAGCGUCACUCGAGAGCGUCGCGGAUAGGUUGCUUCAUCCCGGUGCCCCCGCCCAAAGUCCCCGACUCCGCUAAGGGCAAGGCCGAACAAUCCACCUUUGCCAUUUCGAUUACUCUGCUCAAUCCUGGCCAAGAUGUCCCUUACUCGACCCCCAAACCCACACCGGAUAAUCCCUCCCCUAAGCCGAAGGUCGUUGGAGGCUUGCCCGGCCAGACCGGUGAGCGUGGCCAGUAUUCAGGAGCCGUCGCGCCAUAUCAGGCAUUAACCAACUCUCCGAACGAGACGGUGGCAGCUUAUAUCUACUUUGAUGGCAGGCAGAAAGAGGAGGUGGCCACAUUGCUGCGAAGAGGGGAGGAGACUUGGGUGAACUCAAGGUGGGUCAGCGUGCCCGACUCCGAGGGCGGCGGCAUUGCUGAGCGUGAAUUCCUAUUCCGCGAAGUCGGACUGGAGCGCUGGUUGAAUGGCUUGGAUCUGGAGGGCAAGGAUGCAGCCGCAAAGAUCGAGCGGCGACGACAGAAGAUGGAGAGGCGUCGCGCAAAACGCCAGGAGGAGAGUCAAGGAAUGGAGAUCGAGUCAAGCGCAUCCUCAAAACCCAAGACCAUCAUGCGCUAUGGUAAUGAUGAGAAGGAUCCCCUGGAGAAUGUCUCUGACGAUGAUCUCUCAUCGGACUCCGACGACGACGAUCCGAUACCCGAAACCGCUGGUCAGAUAAAGGUCGCCUUGUUCCGCGUUUUGGCAUCCGGAGAGAUCAAGCGAGGUGAAUACUCGCCGCAAUUUGACGCACAUGACGACGACGAAGGCGGAGGGGAUAAUGGCGGAGGGGAUGCCGACGUCGAUCAUACGACGAGCUUCGCAAAGCCCAAAACAUUGGAUCCCAAGUCUAUCAGCACACAGACGGUCACAGGCAUCGACCCGACUGACAAGCCUUACGCGACGUUCACAUUCAUGUAUCGCGGCGAAAGACAACUGCAGAAGAUGGGCAUAACGAAAGACCCCAAGGCACCGGAAACACCUGCAGCGAAGCGGAAAUCUCUACAGGCCGAUUUUUCCAAUCUAGGACCCCUCAAGCCCGGCGGUACAGUGGGCUUCUUGAAUUUCCGCGAACAAGAAGCUGGUCGCAAAGGCAAGAAGGGUGACGACGAAAUGGACAGCGACGAUGACGACACCGACAACCCCAUCUUGGGUAAAGCUGACGACGAGGAAGACAAAGAAGACAGCAAAUUACUGUCUCCCGACGACAUCAAGCGCCAAGGGGAGCUGGAAGAGGGUGUUCGCAAGAUUCGCCUCAAGCGCGAACGCUCCGCGGAACCGGGUUCAAGCAACGCCGCGAAACCCGUCGACACCCCGGUUCCUGGAACUACACCCCCUGCUGUGGAGCGAUCCACCACGCCCCCGAAGAUGAAGACGGAAACAGAGACGCCCGAACAGCCUCAGGCCAGCGUCGACGCAGUGAACGAUUUCCUAGGCAGCCCGCUAAAGAAGCAGCGCGCAAGUGUAUCAACAGCAGACGAGAAUGCCCUUCGUCGUCGCAUCGCAGAGUCCUCUGGCCGAAUUAACGAGGUGUUGGGUUCGGGCUCAACCGAGAACAAAGCAGCCGCUGGGUCUUUUGGCGAUAAGCUGGACGACGGGCCGGCCAAGUCGGAGACCGUUGACGAAGAGCUCUGA